AUGCCACCGAAGAAGAAACUUACCCACAAGGGCAGGAAGGCAGAGCUGGUGUUCCUUGAGAGGCCGCGAGAGGGACCCGUCCAUCGCUAUGAAACUCUGCUACAUUCGGCUGAGAAUUCAAGGCGCGUUCCUGCAAAACCUGUAGACCAGAACACCUCUGCUGCCUGGAUGUGCCCCCAAUUUGAAACAACUAAGUCAGUGGUGUUGAAAGCAUGCCAGAAGAAGCACUGUGGUGCUUACAAACCCCAGAAGCAGGAUGCCAACCAGAGUUUGCUUCAAGCAGGAGGAGCUUGUCGAAGAGCUAUAGCCUCCAAAUUUCCUCCUUUAGAUUUUGAGGAUCCAGAAGGGUACGCAGUCCACCCCCUGGAUUGUCCAAAUCGCUUGAGGAAGAACACGCAGUGGUCUCGCAGCCAGCCCAAGGAAGGGACAGCAACAAAAGCCAACAUCCAGGUGAGCAGUCCAGAGAACUGCAGAGCAACACCUUUGUUACCUGCUCCCCAGCCUGUGGAGCCAGAAGUCUUUAGUCCACCAGAUGUAGAGACUCCACAGGUGCCUUCCAUAAGGAACUGGAGAUGCUACAGCACGCUGUCACGAACAAGUAGCCAUGCCUGGCAUCCAGAAAAAGAUCUGGCAUUUGGUAUUGAUCCCUGUGGGAGACGGGAGUCAGCAGCUGUACUAGUUCCGGAUACUCCAGAGCGUGAGUAUGGAGUAAAGGCUACCUGGAGACGGCGACCUCACCUAAUGAAAUACCUGCGGGAGAGAGGGAAGCUGAGUGCUGUUGACAUACUGGUGAAAGUGAACCCUGAGCCAUCAAGGAGACAGGCCAACGUCUGA